CCGGCGUGCGUGGCAGUGGCGUGUGUGGCAGUCGCGCUCUCCGUGAUGUGGCUUCCGUAGUAACCGCGCUGCUGGCGGUUUGAGGUCGGCCCAUGUCGCCUGUGUCCCGAUCCCGCCCUAAUGAGGACCCUCUGGGCUCUCCGAAAGGCGGGCGUGGCUCGGGCAGCCCACCGUCGGCGGCGUCCCAGACUCGACGAUCCCCUCGGGGAGGCGGUUUCGGCCUCGCCCUCGGCGGGAGCGAGGGGCUCGGGCCUCCCCGGGGUCCAGAGGGGCCCCGCUCAGCGCACGCCGUCAGCCGCCCCCGGUCUGGAGAGCGGCCGCCGCCGCCAGGGAUCUGCACGUUUGCCCCUUCGUCUUCCUCUUCCAUCUGUGGCGGGCACCGCUACCACCACUAUGCGGGAGACCGUUUGUGGGCCGAGGACCAGGAGAAGGAAAAGGAGGAGAGCUAUCGGCAGAGGAGGCUGAAGGAGAGAGAGAGGAUUGGAGAGCUGGGAGCGCCCGAGGUGUGGGGAUUGUCACCCAAGUUUCCUGAGCCAGAUUCCGAUGAACAUACACCACCUGAAGAUGAGGUGAAGAAUCCGAAGAGCAGCGGCUCAGAUUUCACCAAUGAAGAAAAAAGGACAAAGACCAGUCACUCGACAAAGAGAAAAAGGAAGAAAAGGCCCUCCAAAAGGAAACGUAGGAAGUAUUGUGAUAAUGACAGCAAUUCAGACUCUGACGUUUAUUCUAGCUCUGGUGGUGAUAAAAACAGAGCUAAAGCCAGGAAGAAAGAGAAGAAAAAGAAACACCGGGCAAAACAACCCAAGAAGAAGAGGAGGACUGAAAAGGAAUACAGUGACGUAAGCUGCAAAGCUUUAGAAAGGGAAUUGCCAGAAGAUGCGUGGAUGGAACAGUCGAUGAAUGCAGAUGCCAUGGAUUUAAUAGGCCCAGAAGCACCCGUGAUACAUACCUCUCAAGAUGAGAAACCUUUGAAUUAUGGCCACGCCCUGCUUCCAGGUGAAGGUGCAGCUAUGGCUGAAUACGUAAAGGCUGGGAAGCGUAUCCCACGGAGGGGUGAAAUUGGGUUGACGAGUGAAGAGAUUGCCUCAUUUGAAUGUUCAGGUUACGUCAUGAGUGGUAGCAGGCAUCGCCGAAUGGAGGCUGUGAGACUGCGUAAAGAGAACCAGAUUUACAGUGCUGACGAGAAAAGAGCCCUUGCAUCCUUUAACCAAGAAGAGAGGCGGAAGAGAGAGAAUAAGAUCCUAGCCAGUUUUCGAGAAAUGGUAUACAGAAAGACAAAAGGGAAAGAUGACAAGUGAGAACUUGUUUGUUGCAAUGCAGGACUUUUAAUAACAAAGGUUUUGUAUGACAAAAUAAUAGUAAAUGACUUUACCAUUUACCAGUGAUAUUGUACUUACUGUGUAACUAAGUACCCUAGAAAAACACUUUUUGAGAUGUCAUUAGAAAUUUUUACAAACGUUGCAGGAAAUAAGUAAAAAGGUGAACGUCACUCCAGUCCCUGAUUUACACCCCCCGCCCCCCCCCACCAAGAGCAAAGUGUCUUCUGUAUCCUUCCAUGGUUUUGUGCAUUUACAAGGUGCCUGCUACUAAAUGGGAGUGUGCCCCACCCCAUCUGCUACUGUGAUUUUAGCCCCCUCGCAAGAAGAUUUUACCUUUUGGAGUCAUUUGUCCCAGGAGGAUGAAAAGAACUUGAGCACAAUAAUACCCAAGAAGGCAAACAUUUGGAUCUAUUUGAUUCAGUGGACUGUUUCUGCUGGCUGUAGUUAACAGACUUGGUUAAAGACUGCAGUUUGUAACUGAAAAGCCGGGGAAACUGUUUCCAGCAUAAUGUUAAUCGAACUUAGGACUUUUCUCUAUCUUCCUUUUCCACCCCUCCUUUUCUUUAGAGUGGUUUCCCUUAUAGAAAAAAAGAGCUGCCAACUCUCUUGAAAGAAUAUUUCUUUUGAAGAAGUUGGACAUUUUCUUACUUUGAUACAAUGCUAUUUCUUCAUAGUACAAAGUAGCACCAUCAACUGCAGUACAUUGUAAAAUUAAGAUAGUAUUGUUCUUCAUCUGACCCUAGGCCAGUUUCCCUCUGCUCCCACUUAUUGCCAAUGGGAAGAUCGUGGUUUGGGCCAAAAUGGGAUGCAUAUAGGCAAAUUACACUGGUAUACAAGGCUAAUGAUAACAAUAUCCUGGUAAUCUGUUAAUAUGUACUGUUGCUGAAAUUAUUGAUGUAAUAGAACUUUCAUAACCAGUUUUUUAAAGUGAUGUGUUCAUAAAUUCUGAACAUCAGAGCCUAGUUUAGUCUGAAAAUAGAUACAAAAAUAUGUAUAUUGUGUUUAUCUGCAAUCACUAGCAAGUUGAGGUAUUUUCUCCCAGUAGCAGUAUCUGAGUUAUUUCUGCUCUAUGUAUAUUACUAAAUGUUACUGAAAGUUUUAUCCAUUAUUAAUUUAAGACAAUCAUAUUGAAGUAAGUUGCUUCACAGUAGUUUAAGAUGUCAUAUUCAUUUCCAUAUUUUUGUGUGUUUCUCAUAUGUUUCUUCACUGAGUUCUUCUAGUGAACAACUUAGAGCCAUCUUUAUGUGAAGCGUUUUAAAACAGGAUCUGCUGAGACACUCUGGGUUUUCUGCAAAUUCUUCAUUAACUACAGUUAAUGAAGAAUGAUAGAGGAUAGAAGAGCUCACUGGCAGCCUUCACAUUUUCCAAAGCACCAUCAUUUUAAGUCAAGUCCCAACUUCCGGUAGACUAUAGUAAACAUCUCCCAAAGAUUGCUCUGCAGAACUACCUAUUCUCACCAUUUUAAUACCAUUUUUGUUUUCCAUGUGUUUCGUCACAGUGAGAGAAGUGUGUAUCUUGUGUAGUUUCCCAAGGGCCCCACCCUCAGCUACCAGCACCCAGUGAGCACACCAUAGGCUGUAUAGUCCAUGCUUCUUACCACAGUGCCACAUUUGUAUGGCUUCUGAGAUCACUGUCAGGAAAGAAUAUUUCUGACUUGGUAUCCUUAACAAUAUUUUGCCUUAGUUGGAUUAGUGUAGAUAACAUAUCUGCUUAAAAUAGUACUGUUGUCUGAUGAACAGAAUAGCUUACCCUGGGGUCAGUAUGGAGGCUACAUAGGAGGACAUGACUUUCUUAAAAUGCCAUGUUGGACAGGGAAGAUAGACAGCCAAUAAAUGCCUGCUACAGUUCUGAAUUUUAAAAUGUGUGUGUUCAUAACAUGUGCUGGUAGUUUUCAAAGAAAAGCUUGAUUUUAUCGGCCAAAUCCUGAUUAAAAUGGAUGCAAGUUUUAUCCAUUGGUCAAUAGAGAAAAGCUGAAGAUCCAAGGUGCUGAAGUCUUCCAAAGAGUAGAUUAGGGCCACCUAGAAGGAAAAAACACUUACGGAGAUGCAAGGAAUGAGAUGCUUGCAAAGCAUGUGAAGGAAGACCUUGGAGUGAGCUGCCCUUAAGAUCUACAAUAAGGCUUUUUGUUGUCCAUUGGGAUGAUGAUAUUUACUGACCCCGAUAUCUCAGCACUACCCAAACUAACUCAUCUCAUUUGAGAAACUUCCUUUACAAGGCUCAAAACACUAGUAAGCCCCAUAGAAUUGACAGCAUGGAGAGAGUUCCAGAAUCUUGAAGGACAGUAUGGUAUGGAAGGACACCUUCAUUCAGUGUUGUAACUUGCUCCAGGCUGCCCCAAAGGAGGUUGAGGGAAAUUAGUGAAAGCUGUUCACAUUCCAUUUAUGGAAACUUUACCUCACUAUAAACAGGGGUGAACACUUUUUUUCACUUAACAGUAAAUAAUGAAAAUGUUUUAUAUCAAUAAAUAUGAAUCUAAUUUUUAAAUGAUUUUGUAAUUUCCAUUGUAUGUAAGAGUUUCUGGACAUGUGGGACUCUUCUGACUUAAUGUCAAGAGAAAUGAACUCAAGCCAACAAGACCUGUUGGUUCAUGACAUGGGUAUGAGGAGAGCACUGAAGAAAGUCUGAGCAGGCUGGUGCCUCCGGCAGGGCCAAGGACGGUGGAGGCUUUCAGAAGUGGGUCAUGGUCGCUCCUUUUCAUCAGCUGUGAGCACCAACCUUGAAAGGUAUUUUCUCUGUACAGAUAUUUAUUGGGUAAAGAGGAAAAUAGUGCUUUGUGUGUUGUAAGUACCGUAGAUAAAUCUGUAAGUUAGCCUUAGCCACUGCCACCAUGGAAUUUAUGAUCAACUGGGGUCAAACUGGAAAAAGUUAAUUGCAAAUUGCAGCACACUAUGAAAACAUAUAAGGCUAGAAAUCUAAGAAAUUGGCUUCCUUGGCCAAUUACUAGUGAAAAUCUAAAUGACACAUUUAAUCUCCAUACUUUUGAUCUUUAGGUUAGGGGAUACUGCAAUGGUGCUUUCUGGGAAGAUUGACAGACCAACAUCACCACCAGCAUUGUGCUUUUCAAAAAGCUUUAUGUCUUUGUUUUUCUGGUCAAUGAAAGUGGCUUUUCACUGUUAAUUUAUUUUCCCUCUUCAAGAGUAAGGUAAAGCAUCUUUUUCAGUAUUUCUGAUUUUGUAGUUCUUUUCAUAUAAAGUAUUCACACUAAUGUUUGGUCGAUUUAUUUGGGGAAUGUUGACUUCUUAUUCAUCAUAAAAGCUCAUCAAGUAAUAAAAAGUUAACUUCUUAUCAA